AUGAAUCAGGGCAACCAGGGCAACCAGCCCCAGCAGAUACCCCAGCAGGGCCAGCACACACGUUCCCAGGCUCAGAUCCCUACUAUUCAGCUGAAAUACGUCGGCCAAUUUGUCCAGGCUUUAAAGAAAGAAGCAGCUCUUGCACAAGCCGCCACCAAUGAGGCAGAUCGAGCCAAGCACUAUGCCAAAGUUGAGUCUUUGAGGCAGAUCUUGAAGAAGUACCAGACAAUGCAACAAAAUGCUCGUCAACAACAGCAAAACCAAAUGAAUCCACAACAAACUCCGCAAGGGUCCACCAUGAAUCCAAGACUUAGCACCAGCAACCCUGGUUCCUCGCAGAUUCUUCUCCGGUUCCUCAGAGCAUGCCCCAGAAUUUGGCAGCUCAGCGUCAAAAUGCUGGUCCAGCCUCUGCACCGCAACCUGGAACGACGGCCGGUGCACAAGGCUCUACCCCGGCGCUUGCUGUUUCCGCCGAAAACCUCAAGAGAAUCAACACGGUGCUAA